AUGGGCAUCUGGACCUCAGGCACUGGUAUUUUCCUAAUGCUUUGUGAGACUUAUGUGUGUCCAAGAAGCCCUGGAUGGAGGGACUUCAUACAGCAUGUGGGAGUUUGCUGUUUGGCUGCUAUCCUUUCAGUGAGCCUCCUCUCCGUGGCCUUCCCGUGGGCCUUUUCAUCAACUGUGGCACUUAUUGCCACUUGGGUGACCACCUGUUUCCUGCUGUGCUGUUCCAAGCACGCUCGAUGCUUCAUUCUCCUUGCCUUCCUCUCUUGCGGCCUCCGUGAGGGCCGCAACGCUUUACUGGCAGCUGGCUCAGGCCUAGUCAUCUUUGGACAUGUGGGAAAUAUCUUUCACAACCUCAAAGGUCUCCUGGACAGCAUGACCUGUAAUCUCAGGGCAAAAAGUCUUUCCAUACAUUUGCCACUUCUAAAGCAAUACAUUGAUGCUGUUCAGUGGAUUUACGGCCUCGUCUCUCCACUGAAUCUAUUGGAUGGCCUUGUUUCUUGGAACCAGACCCUAGUGGUCUCUCUCUUCAGUCCCAGCCACGCUGUCGAGGCCCAGCUGAAUGAUACAAAAGGAGAAGUCCUGAAUGUCCUAUACCAUAUGGUGACCAUAACUGAUGCCUUGUCUUCCCUGGGCCAGAAGCUGGUCACUCUAACGGGGCUUCUGCUCAUCCUGCUUGGCACUGGACUCUUUAUGAAGCGAUUUUUGGGCCCCUGUGGCUGCAAGUAUGAAAAUAUCUACAUCACCAGACAAUUCAUUCAGUUUGACGAAAAGGAAAGGCACCAGCAGAGGCCCUGUGUCCUCCCUCUGAAUGAGAAAGAAAAGAGGAAGUACGUGUUCAUCCCAUCAUUGCAGCUGACAUCUAAGGAAAGGAGAAACCUGGGACUAUUUUUCCUCCCCAUCCUGACCCACGUCUACAUCUGGGUGCUGUUUGCAGCUGUGGAUUAUCUGCUCUAUCAUCUGGUCUUGUCAGUAAGCAAACAGUUUCAAAGCUUGCCAGGGCUAGAGGUUCAUUUGAAACUGCAUGGAGAGAAGCAAGGAGCUCAAGGAGUCAAUCACGAGUCUUCCUUUAAUAUAUCAGUGUUUGAACCCAGCUGCAUUCCUAAAGCAAGUCUCCUCGUAUCUAAGACUUGGGUUUCUCUUGGUAUUAUUCUUAUGAUACUAGUCAUACUGGGGCUGCUGUCCUCCAUCCUGAUGCAACUUAAAAUCCUGGUGUCCGCAUCCUUCUAUCCCAGCAUGGAGAGGCAGCGCAUCCAAUACCUCCACGCAAAGCUACUUAAGAAAAGAUCAAAGCAGCCACUGGGAAAUAUCCAAAGGAAAAUGAGUCCAUACUUUAAGAAGGUUCAUUUCUGGCUUCCACUUCUGAAAGCGAUUAGGAAGAAACACAUGAACAUUGCAACUAAAGAUGGCCCAUGAGGGACUUUUCAGCCGCGAGUGCCUGGAAUUCUUCUGUUUGUGCCUUAUAACAGUUCUGUGUUCACUUCAUGUAGUUGUGCUCCAGAUAAACUGCUACCAGGUAAAUGGUUUUGUGGUCUAUCCUCCCAAGUAAGCACAUGACCUAAACUGUGUCAUAGUUAGAGCUAUACCCAA